AAUGGCUGCGUUGUUUUUCAGGCGGUCUGUCCUACAGCUGCUGUCACCGCCCGCACGAGGGCGCUGGUCGAGCGCUCGCUGCCGACUGUCAGAACUGGACAACCAGCUUCGUGCCCACUGACACAUAUGCAGGACAAUAGCAUCUGUCAUUUACUUUGUUUUACUGCGGACAUGUAACGGUAGCCUAUUCAUACGUUAGAGAUUGAUGUACAUGUGCUAUUUUAACUUUCACUUAGUAUGCUGGUGCUCGAGAGAGAAUGUGUAGGCUCAAUGUAAUUUUAAUAAAGUUGAAUAAAAACAUUAUAGGCCUAUACAAUUAUCAUAUAUUUCUUGGUUUCGGUCAUAGUGUAAAUUUGUUUUGAUUAGCCUAUUGAUAUUUAGCCUAGUUAGGCUUUGUAGCCUAGUUUAUGGGCUACAAUAAAUAUUAUAGAACGAAAUUGCAUGAACUCGGCAUAUUUGCGACGACACUUAGCCAAUAUGCAUAUAUGCCAUCAAUAACUGUUACAUAUAGAGUAUAGUUGAUUAAGUUCCAAUUAACUUUUAUAACUCUUCAGCAAAUGCAAUCCAACCAUGACCACUUGAGGCACAGGUGCACUUGUAAAUGAGAAGGCGUGGCCCAUGGCUCACCUUGGAGUGAUGGUCCAUAAAUUCCCUCUAACGAGCCGCACAUUACCUUGCUGUCAUGUGAAUCACAUUUAAAAUACAACGCAGAGAUUAGGCUACUUGACGCCAUUAGUUCACCAGCCACCAUGAACGUCGGGACUCCUUAUAUCGGUAGUAAAAUCGGCUUGAUUUCCAAAGCUCUAAAUCGGUAUGAGGGCAUCUUAUACACCAUCGAUACCGUGAAUUCGACAGUGGUGUUGACAAAAGUGAAGUCAUUUGGAUCAGAGGGCCGACCCACAGACAGGCCAUCCCCUCCCAAAGACGACGUCUAUGAGUACAUCAUAUUCAGAGGAAGUGAUAUCAAAGACAUCUCAUUGUGUGAGCCUCCAAAAUCCCACCAUGGCCUGCCCCAGGACACUGCCAUUGUGCAGUCAUCACUCAGCACCUCAGCGUCCUCCUAUAAUCCAACUCCAGGACCAAUCAGUCCCUACAGGAUCCCAUCAUAUAACCAGCUAGCAGCAAACUAUCUGCUCAACCAGCAGUAUGCUGCAGCCCUUGGUUUGGGUGGAACUCAUGGCCCUCAAGUGAGAAGGGGUCCUAUGGUGGAGCAGGCUGUCCAGACUGUGCCUCUAGAUGAGACAGGGCAGAAGAAAGGCCAGAAUCUGUUUCAGGAGCAGUGCAGGGAGACCAGUAGGCCCAUGCAGCGAGCUGCACGAGGGAGCCCACAGCCCCAGAGACUUUCUGGACCAGGCAGUGGCUCCGAUGUACAGCCUUGGCCUACAACUUCCCAAGCCAACGACGAGAACAGGCCACCAAGGAGGAGACCAGGAGCUCGUAGGCCCAGGAAUCGUAAUCGGGGCCAGCUCCUUGUGAAGAGCUCCAUGCCCAGCACCCUCAAGUUUGAGUCAGACUUUGACUUUGAUUCUGCAAAUGCCCAGUUCGACAAGGAAGCGCUAGAGCGGGAGAUGCAGGACCAGUUGAACAUCAAAGAAACACAGGAUGACGGGAAGGUGAAACCAGAAGUAUACACUGGUGAGAAGACAGUGGAGAGGGAUCCAUUUGGGCCCAAGUGCUACUAUGACAAGGCCAAAUCCUUCUUUGACAACAUCUCAUCAGACCAUAAAUCCAGACGCACUACCAGGGCAGAGGAGAGGAAGCUGAACGUUGAGACCUUUGGGGUUCCUGGUCGCUUCCUGAGGUUCCGUGGGGGCUACCGCGGCCGCAGAGGGCUAGGGUCCGCACAGCGCCGGUCCUCCCAGCGAACUGGGAGGCUGUGAGGGUCAAGUGAGUAAGGACGCAUGUUUAUUCAAAAGCCUGGGUAUAUAUUGCUUGCGAUUCGAGUCUAACCAGGCAAAGCUAGUAAUUAUUCAAACAUUUUUUUUUACCCUGCAGGCCUCGUUUGACGCUUGGGUUACCUUGUGCAUGAAUUGCCACAAAGUGGUUGGUUGUAUGUACUUUAGUUUUUGUAGUUAACCAAAAUGUAACAAUUUGCAUCCAUUAUUUUUCUCUGCCAUCAUGAAGUGUUUUGUAAUGAGAAUUUAUUUUGACUCUUGGGACCCCACACCUGAAUAAGUAUUUGAGAAGUGAAAUGCAUUGCUUUUUCUUUAUUUUCUUUGAGCCUAAGGUACAUUUUGGCUUUUGACAUUGUUUUGAAUUUGCUUGUGCUUUUCAUCCUUUUCUGUAUUCGGAUAAAUGGAUGACAUGCAAACUUCCUAAACUGUUCAAGGGAUCAAUUUGAAGGUGAAACUGGUGAGGGUAAAAUACUUCAUGAUAUUGUAAAUAUUACUUAACUUAAUUAAAACAGACCUUGUCUGCUAAAAAUAUUGAAUUCCCAUGUAUUGGUUUGUUUUCUAUCAUUUUGAGAAAAUAAGUGUUCAAUUGUUACAACUCAAAUAAACAUGGGAAAUUGCUUA